AUGGCGCCACCGUGUCCUCCAACUGCGCUUAACUUUUCCCGCGAAGACGCGAUCGGGCGCAACGCCCACCGCGGCCUCGUCCUCGCCCUCACCUUCGUCGCCUACGCCUGCUACCACGCCUCCCGCAAGCCCACCAGCAUCGUCAAGAGCGUCCUCGACCCCGAACCCCCUCCUCCCUCCCCCGACUCCUCUGCUCCCCUCUCUCGCCACUCCCCUUCCUCCCUCCCAUGGCCCCUCGGCCCCCUCUUCCUCCCCUCCCCCUCAAACCCUAACCCCCUCGAUCGAUCGCGCCCCAAGGGUUGGGCCCCCUUCGACGGCCCCGACGGCACCGCCAAGCUCGGCGAGAUCGACGUCGCCUUCCUCGCCUGCUACUCCCUCGGCAUGUACGGCGCCGGCCACCUCGGGGACCGGCUCGACCUCCGCCUCUUCCUCUCCGCCGGAAUGAUCGGGAGUGGCGCCUUCGUCGCCCUCUUCGGCAUUGGCUACUUCUGGCGCGUCCACUGCUUCGCCUACUACCUCGCAAUGCAGAUGCUCGCCGGAUUGCUCCAGGCCACCGGGUGGCCCUCGGUGGUCGCCGUCGUGGGGAAUUGGUUCGGAGGGCGAAAGCGCGGGCUCAUAAUGGGGAUCUGGAACGCGCACACCUCUGUCGGGAACAUCGGCGGCUCCCUCCUCGCAGCCAGUGUGCUUCAGUAUGGCUGGGGUUGGUCGUUUAUUCUACCCGGGGCUCUAAUUGCUUUCGGGGGAUUGCUCGUCUACUUCUUCUUGGCUCCGUAUCCUGAGGAUUUAGGUUUUUCUUUGCCGAGGAGGGAAGAGGAGGAGGAAGGCGGUAGAGACGACGAGGAAGGGCCGGGAGGGGAUAGAGGGAAGGGCGAGAGGGGAGGUGCGGUGGGGAUCGUGAAGGCGUUCUUGAUACCGGGGGUGAUACCGUUUGCGCUCUGCCUCUUCUUCUCAAAGCUUGUCGCCUAUACAUUCCUGUACUGGUUGCCGUUUUACCUCAGUCAGACUGCCAUUGGAGGUGAGUACAUGUCGGUCAAGUCAGCUGGAAACCUUUCUACUCUAUUCGAUGUUGGGGGGAUCAUCGGCGGAAUCCUCGCUGGUUACAUCUCGGACCAACUAAAUGCUAGGGCUACUACCGCAGCCACCUUCAUGUAUUUUGCCAUACCAGCUCUCUAUGCCUACCAUGCAUAUGGUAGCAUUUCACAAUCCACAAACAUCAUAUUGAUGAUGAUCGCUGGCUUAUUUGUUAAUGGACCCUAUGCUCUUAUAACAACUGCUGUUUCUGCCGAUCUUGGUACUCACAAAUCUCUUAGGGGUGAUUCUCGGGCUUUGGCCACUGUUACUGCUAUUAUAGAUGGGACUGGAUCAGUUGGUGCGGCUCUGGGGCCUCUCCUUACGGGAUUCAUGUCAAGAAGUGGGUGGUGUGCAGUAUUUAAAAUGCUGAUGGUUGGGGCUUUUAUCGCUGGCAUGCUUUUAUCUGUACUUGUGAAAGCAGAACUUGCACAGAUUUUCCACCAUCGAAUAAAUCCUUCAAACGAUAGGCUGAACGGAGCUGAAGGUUCUGUUGUUACGCCACUUCUAGUGGAAGGCAAUCAGCCACAAUAUCUUUGUUCCAACCGGUAUAGUCAGGUGGGGCCUGCGAACGCCGCGAGGACAUGCAAUGAGUGGCAACGCCAACAUGCGAGACUCUCCACAGAGUGGUAGCCGUGUCUUCAAGCGCCGGCAAAACUAAGAGGGUGUAACAACCGCUGAUCGAUCGCAAGACAAAGCCAUCAUAGGAUACACGGAAAAGGCGCCUUCGCCGUCCUUUCUUUCUUUACCGCUGGUUAUAUUCUUGGAAUAUUUAGUUACUACAUACAUAAAUUUUAUUUUACUGAUAUGCUGAGGGAGAGAAUUUUACUUGAAUUAGUGGUAUAAGUUAGGGGAAGAAUGGUCUAAUUCAUUCAUAGAAUAUUAAUUAGAAUAGAGCAGAGGUAAGUGAAAAAUGCAUCAAAAUGUGCGCUUUCCAAACUGCUAAUCAAAUUUUUAUAUUUUAUAACUUUACCAAGAUAUUACUUAAAAUAUCUUAAUAUAAUUUUUUUUCUAAUAUUAUUAUUAUUCAGAUAAUAUUUCACCCAACAUAAAUUAAAAGCAACUUACAACUUUACUUAAACUUAAAAACAACACCACAAUUUGUACCACACCCCUGCCUCUCCACUCUAUCUCUGAAUAAAACUUCGGUCGAGAAUUUUUUAAUAAUGUCUCGUUAGAAAGCUAAGCUCAUGAUCUGCCGUCACGUAUUAAUUUUAUUUUUAUUAAAUUAUUUAUAAAAUAUUUUUAAUACUAAAAAAAGUUUAUAAAAUAUUUUAAUAAAAAUAAAAAAAUAAUAUUCGGUAUCAGAUUAGACAUUCUUUAAGAAGGCGUCUUUAGUUUAGUAAGCACCUGCUGAAGUUUUUUUUUAUUUUUUUUCUCCCACCCGUGACCCCUCCAACCCUGCUAUAUAUAUAUCUCUCUCUCUCCUCUUCCUAUAUAUCACCGAAACCACCCCCCUUUCACCUCAUCACCUCUACUCCUUCCCCCGGAGCUCACCGUCCAUGGCGCUCCACUCUGCGUUUCUCCUCUCCCUCUCCAUCUCCAUCUCCCUCCUCCUCUCCCCCUGCAAUUGCCCAAUCCCGCCGGCCUCUCCCCUUCCUCCCCACCCCCG